AUGGCGGACGCUCAAACCCAACUUCUGCAUAACAUUCACCAAGAGUUGAUCAACGGUUCGUUCUGUGACAUACAGGUACUUUGUAGGGAUGGGACAACAACCGGAAGUCGCCUAGUUCUGGCGGCGCUGUCGCCUUACUUUCGGGCGAUGCUUUCAUCAGACAUGGCGGAGAGUCGGACGGGUGUGCUGGAACUUCCAACUAUGUCUCUGUCAGUGUAUCAGGACAUUCUCAAGUAUUUCUGCAAGAUUAAUCUUAUAAACGAGGAAAACUGCAUGCAUAUGUUAGACGCUGCCGAGAUGAUGCAGCUUGAUUAUAUAAAACAUCUUUGUAACACCUACCUGAACCAAAAUAUCGACCUAACUCCACAGAAUUGUCUUAAUUGGUGGAGAACACUCAAACUCUACAAUUUCCUUGAUUUGUCCAAACGGGCGCUUUUCUGUUUUACUGAUAACUUGGCUGAUUUUGUUAAAAUGGAAAAUGUUAUUCAGCUGUCAAAGGCAGAACUUUUGGAAAUUAUAUCAAAAGAUGGCUUGACCUGUACAGAAGAUAACAUUCUGAAAGCCGCCAUGAAGUGGAUUGAACAUAAUAACCCGGAUGUGGAUGAUGUUCAGUAUAUUUUUGAAAAUGUGCGACUAGAUAUUGUUGAUCGACAAUUUCUUGCUAAUGAGGUUGUUUUUGCAAAGAUCGUCCUUGAGAAUAAUGCAGUGAGGAAAAUGAUACAGCACGUUAUACGUUCAGACCAGCCACAAAUUAGAAGCACAACUAGGUUUGUUGCCAAACGACCUGCUGUGUUCGUACUUCACUAUCAUGGCAAUCUAAUUCUGUCAUGUUUCACGUCAGAAGACAAGUGGGAAGACGUACCGCUAGCCCCAGUAGAUCCUGGAGAGGAUUAUGCAGCUGCGAGUUUGGAUGACAAGAUCUAG